AUGAGAUAAGACGCUAUCAGUUACUUAGAAGAGUUUUGUGGUUCACUGGAUUUCCAAAGAGGUCAGUCAUGUAUACUGUUAAAAGGACUCUUGUGAUGUUCAUUGGACUGCUGAGUUUGGUCACAAUUGCGGCUGCAGCCAUCAACAACGAGUUAUCGGCGCAGGACAUUGCAGACGGUUUGAAAUCUUCCAGCGAGAGGACAGGAAAGAUGACUGGAAUCAAACCCGUUAACGUUCUAGCUGAUAUCGCUCGAGAAAUGGUCAUGAGGUCGACAACUAACAGUCAGGUUCUGAGCCUCAAUUUGACCAAUCUGUUCAUCUUGUUGGUUCUAAAAGCCCUGCUAUUCGGAGCAGGCUUGUUCUCUUUUGGAUUCCUGAAGAAUGGAGGUGGAUCCUCCGGUUAUGGCCGCAGCUCUGAUGAGGACAACAUGAUCCCAGACCCACGAGCCAACCCAUUUAUAACAGAAUCAGAACUAUUACUUCUGCUCACAUAUCUCAUGGGUGAUGCAAACAGUGACUAUGACUGUCUGCACCGUGUUGCAUGUGAAGAACCGAAGAAGGCACGCGAAUACAUUACAGCAGCCAAAAUGCUGAUCAAGGGUGCAAGGAUCUUUAACACUGUGGUGCCGUACAAUCCCAAGUAUGAGGGAAUUGUAACAAAACUACAGGAAGCAGUGGACUACGGUACAAGUGGUGAACAGUGCAACACACGCUACACUUGUUCCAGCAACUCGUAGCAUCCAAAUCAAUGGAACUGGCAAGACGAUGCCAAUACCAAUUCACUGAGACAUGUUAAUGACAUUACAGUUAAUAAACCAAACAAGCCAUAUUUCUUAUUUUAUUAAUUAGAAACUUCACAAGUAAAACAAAAUGUGAUUUGUUUACAGUUGCUUUCAAGUAAAUCCCUUAAUUCUGAGUCAUGAAUAUGAAGGCUAAAAUAAAUAAACUGAUAUGCAAUGUACUGGCUCUAAAAUUUAAUUUGUACUCAUUAUUUUUAUUUGUCAUAUGAUGUGAUUGUCUGUUGGAAAGGUUAUGUUCAUUUUGUUGUCUAUUUGCAAAUAUUUAAAAAACUACUUACAAAUGUAUUAAAUUUUGUAUGGUGCACUGAAACUAAAUUUAAACAGCCAUAAAUAGAAGUCUCUUUGCAAGCUAACAAAGAUAAAUAUGUUAUCCUUAAUCUUUUGAUAAAUAAACGUAAAAAGCAGAGACAAAUAUAACCAACUACAUAUUACUGUCAAUAAAUCAGAAUAAAAUGAACUAUUGUAUUCUAUCUGACAAGGAAACUGUGAAUAAAGUGAAAACACUAGAAUUCUGGA